AUAAAGCAACGAAAGAGCCAUAGAGCCAGCCUCACGUUAAUUGGUAAAAAUUUUAAUGGCUCCCAGACGCACCAUCCUUUUUGCAAUUUCGAUCGCAGGGGAACGGCGGCCAUGGUCGUCUUCUCCGCAUCGUAAUUACUCCUUUUUUCCCUGAAUUGGACAACAGAGAGCACUAAACAAUCGGAAUACGUAGGGCACCGGUUACGGCUACGGCGUCGUUCCGUCCUCCAUCUGAGCGGCGCCAAUCCAUGAAUGGCGGUUCCUUAUUCUCCUGAAAUCACACCGUCUUCCAAUUAUUCUCCGGCAGCCUCUUCGCCGAUCAAAUUUUCCUUCGCUUUGGCAGAUCCUUCUCCGUCGUCAGUUAAGUGCAACUCGCCGUCAGAAAAUGCUCCCCAACCGGAAUCCCCACCCCCGCCGCCGCGCACGCACGUGCCAAAUACCGGCGCGGCCAUAAUCGCCGGAAUUGUUGGCGGCGCAGCGGUGGUUGCCGCCGUCGCCGCUUGCCUUUUCUGGUUGUUCAUGUACAGAAGAAGAAGCUGGAGUCAAAACGACGACGUACCGCCUCAUUACCUAGAUCCAGAACGCCCUCCCAAAGGCGACAGCCGAUGGAAUGAACCGGGAAAAAAUAGUCCGGAGCCAUCGGAACCAAUGACAAGCUCCCCGCCAUCCCCUGGAAGCCUUAUCAGCCUGUCAUCGAGCUUCUCCGGCCAUUCACCGAAGCAGCCUGUGCGGCAAUUCACCUACGAGGAGUUGGCGAUAGCGACAAACGGAUUCUCCGAGUUAAAUUUGUUAGGACAGGGCAUGUUCGGGGACGUGUACAAAGGCAUAUUGUCCGAUGGGAGCUUGAGGGAGGUGGCGGUGAAGAGGCUCAACUCCGGCGACGGUGGCGACCGGGAAUUCCAAUCGGAGGUGGAAAAUAUCGGCAGCGCCCAUCACCGGCACAUUGUGUCCCUCGUUGGCUAUUGCAUCGGAAAUGGCCAAAAAAUGCUUGUCUACCAUUUUAUUCCGAACAAUAAUCUUGAAUGUCAUCUACAUGAAAAAGGACAACCGCCGAUGGAUUGGACGAAGAAAGUUCGUGUAGCGGCGGGAUUGGCUAAAGGGCUUGCCUACCUACAUCGUAUAUGUCAUCCUGCAAUAAUUCACGGUGAUGUUAAAGCUACGAAUAUCUUUCUUGACGGUGAUUUUGAAGCUAUGGUAGGAGACUUUGGUCUGGCUAAGCUUUUGUCAGCAGAUACCAUGGGAACAUCUGGGUAUUUGGCUCCCGAGCGCGCGGGUGGUGGAAAACUAACAAAGGAAUCCGAUGUUUUCUCGUUCGGAGUUGUUCUUUUGGAGCUUAUAACUGGCCGGAGAGCUGUGGACUCCGACGGCAAUUACCUAGUCGAAUGGGCGAGGCCAAUUUUAGUAAAAGCAUUGGAGGAGAAGGAUUUUGAUGAGAUGAUAGAUUCAAGAGUGGGAAGCAAUUACAAUGUGCAUGAGUUGGAGGUCAUGGCUACAUGCGCUGCAGCUUGUAUACAUCAUUCCGACAAACGGCGCCCUAAAAUGACCCAGAUAGUCGAUGCCUUAGACGACGUUUCAAUAGUGAAGAAUCUAAGGAAAAGCGAAGAGUGAGGACAAGGUGUAGCACGUGUUAACAAGUAGCAUGCUUCUAUCAGGGCAAAAUUAGAAAUUAAUAACAAUAAGUUGUAAAAUAAAAUGACGACAAGAAUAAUCAAGAUUUAUGUCGAAUUAUCUUAUUUUACGUCUCGAUACAUAAUUUAAAUCCUAAACAUUGUUUUGUUAUAUAUGUUAAUGGAUUGUUAUCCUCAAAA